GCGCCGAGAGGCUGUGGGGGUGCGUCAGCGGCCCUGCGGAGCGUGAUCUCGGUGUUAAAAGGCAGCCCAUAGCGUGGAAUGCUCACUGGAUACAUCGUUGCACGAGGAUACUAUUUUUUGGCUCAGUACGAGGUGGAUUCGCGAGGAAACAACGGGCUUCUGCGCGGGAUCUCGUCUGCUGGGGCUUCACCCGUGAACCCGCCAGCCGAACGGACCGAUGUGUUGGACAUAGUGAGGUGCGCUAAGUAGAUAACCGUUCUCGAACAGCGAGGCAGAGCUGGUGUGCUGGAACAUGGCGUCCUUGGCUACUACAAAGUUCAGUGAUAAUUACGACUUGAAGGAGGAGCUGGGCAAAUUUCCAGAAGCUGGAGCGUGAAGCGCGCGUCUGUCGGAAGCUGCAGCAUCCCAACAUCGUCAGGCUUCAUGAGAGUAUACAAGAGGAGAGCUUUCACUACCUAGUCUUUGAUUUAGUGACUGGCGGAGAGCUGUUUGAGGACAUCGUGGCUCGCGAGUUCUACAGUGAAGCGGACGCCUCUCACUGUAUCCAGCAGAUCCUGGAGUCGGUCAGCCACUGUCACGUCAACAGUAUCGUCCACAGAGAUCUCAAGCCUGAAAACCUGCUGCUGGCCAGCAAGGCGAAGGGAGCGGCAGUGAAGCUGGCAGACUUUGGCCUGGCGAUUGAAGUGCAGGGCGAGCAGCAGGCCUGGUUCGGCUUCGCCGGUACGCCGGGCUAUCUGUCGCCGGAAGUGCUCAAGAAGGAGCCCUACGGAAAGCCGGUGGACGUCUGGGCAUGCGGCGUGAUCCUGUACAUCCUGCUUGUGGGAUACCCGCCGUUCUGGGACGAGGAUCAGCACCGCCUGUACGCCCAAAUCAAGUCCGGCGCCUACGACUACCCGUCCCCGGAGUGGGACACGGUGACACCGGAGGCCAAGAACCUCAUCAACUCGAUGCUGACGGUGAACCCGCAGCGGCGGAUCGGCGCCACGGAGGCGCUCAAACACCCCUGGAUCUGCCAACGCGAGCGUGUCGCCUCGGUGGUGCACCGACAGCAGACAGUCGAGUGUCUGAAGAAGUUCAACGCCCGCCGGAAGCUGAAGGGCGCGAUCCUGACGACAAUGCUCGCGACGAGGAACUUCUCCAGUCGUAGCAUCGUGACCCGGAAGGGAGACGGUUCACAAGUGAAAGAGUCCUCGGAGAGCAACACCACCACUGAGGAGGAGGACGGCAAAGCUCGCAAGCAGGAGGUGGUGCGUCUUACCGAGCUGCUCCUGGAAGCCGUCGCCACCGGCAACUACGAGGCUUACGCGAAGCUGUGCGAUCCACGCAUCACUUCGUUUGAGCCCGAGUCGCUCUCGAGCCUAGUGGAGGGCCUGGAGUUCCACAAGUUCUACUUCGACAACGCGGCGUCGGUGCAGCAGCGGAAGGCCGUGAACGUGACCAUUCUGAACCCGCACGUCCACCUGCUGGGUGACGGCGCGGCGUGCAUCGCCUACGUCCGCCUGUCGCAGUAUAUAGACGGGCAGGGCGUGUCGCGGUCGGAGCAGACGGAGGAGACGCGACUCUGGCACAGGAUCGACGGCCGAUGGCAGCACGUCCAUCUGCACCGCUCCCGCAACGCGACCAAGUAGCGGGCCGCCGGUCGUCAUCGCGUGCCGCUAGAUGGCAGCGACGUCGGCCGCCAGGUGGCAGUGACGCAGGCCUGCCGCUGACGGCCGGCCGGCGAGGCAGCCUUCUGUUCGCUAUUCAGCCAUCUCGCCUGCCGUCUGAGCGACGCGUCUGCUGGUGUUGUCUGCCUACAACUGGCCGCCUGGCGGCGGGCCUCACAGUCGUCGUUCUCUGCCUGACCGCACGACGUCGCUAUUGUCUCCGACCCUGUUUUCGCAUUGGCCGACUGGCGGCACGUAUGCGCCUUGACAGGCCCUGCCCGGGCCGGCGUUGACCUCAGAUGACCGGCCGGCUGGCCAUGCUUGGGUCUGGUGGCUGUGCCCAGCGCUGGCCGGGCUGAAGCCCCGCCAGCGCCAGGCCCGAGCUCGGCCCGGACCCAGCCCGGGCCGGGCCGGGCCGGCCAUGUCGCCACGGCGCGCUGCCCGCCGCCCGUGUUUCGCCCCGUUUUCUACCUACGCCCCUGCCACCGGCACGCUACGGAACGUGUCUCCCUCCGCUCCGCGCCGCUCGCUGCGCCGGAAGCGCGUCGCUUGACCCGACUUAUUGCUCUGAGGAUUGGUCUGACACGGUGACACUGUUGGUCUGACACGGCGACACUGUUGUUCUGACACGGGUCCGGCGGCGCUGACCCCGGCCGGCGGCGUGGGCUCGGGAAUGGCUCGGGUUCAAAAGUCGAGUGCCGACAGCGCGCGGCCGCUCAGCCUACCUACCCGCGUCGAGCUUUUGUCGUUCAGCUGCGUGGUUACCAUGCGAGAAAUAUCCGGGUACGAUUUUGUCAAGCCCCACUUGACUUCGGAGCAAAUGUGAAGCCUCGCUUUUUCGAGUGGUCUCAGAUAAGCAGCGGAAGGCGGCGCGUCGCUGCUGCAGUGUGCUUCAUUGCACACAUUGAUUCGGCUACUCAUUUUCGCUGAGCCUCGUCUCCUCGCAUACUGCUCAGGCACUGCCGUCGGACGCGCCGGCCUGUGUCGACCCCAUGUCUUUUGGUCACGCCUCCGGUAGGCGGUGUCCUCUGGAGCUAUCGCCUCGGCUCUGUGCCGCCGCCGCCCGCCAGCACCGGGCAGCGGGUGCCCCGUCCCGGUUCCGGUCGCUCGUGUCGGGCCGCUGGUGCUGUCGUUACGCAUCGGCAGGUGCUCAGCUGAGUGGCCGCGCGGCCCGGCCCGGCGGCGCGAGGUACACGGCUGCGGUACCGCCCGGCUCUGCCGUACCUAUGGUACGAUACCGUCGGCACCGCCCAGCUGACAGCGCUGGGGAGGCGGCGGCGGCGCGGGCGGCGCCGUCGGCGCGCUGCCACCGCCCGCCGGCGGCGGCCCAGCGGCGGCGGUCGCUGGCCGCGGUGCUCGCGCCGGAACAAAACACGUUCAAGUCAUGGGAGGAGGGUGGAUAAUGCGUUAACCCAAAUUCAAGCUAAAGGAUCGCUUGAUGUUUUGUGAUAUCCCCGCACCCCUGCAUUUGUCCGUCAGCAUGCGAUGUUCUCGCUGUUCGCCAGUCCACGGACGCCGUCUGCUUUCGCCGCGGCGCUAGCUGCCAUUGGCUUGCCUCUACGCCAGCGAGCAGUGAAUCCUCGCUCCGGACAGGGUUGGCCGGCCUCUGCUGCGGGCUCAGUGUUCUUCUCCCCGGCGUCUUCACGCCAGUCGGACCGAGCGGCCGCCACUCUGCGACCCGGUCCGGCUUCUCUCACCACGAUCUGGGCGCAUCUGCGGCUCGCAACAGCUGUCAGUGCGCGUCAUGAUUGCCGGCGAGCCGUGAGAGCGCCAUGUUUGCCUCGUCACGACGGCUCCAGUUUUUAUCCAAUUUGUGUGAGCGUGUGUGUGUGUGCUCCUCUGGCUACGGUGUGGGAUGGGGCCGCUGGAGGCGUUACAGGCGAGGCAGCGAUGAGCUGUGACGUCACCUGGUAGUUGUGACGUCACGAAGCGUCUUGAGAUCAAGCGAGCCCCUGGCCGCCCGUGGCGCCUCUGGUGGGAUCUUUUUAAAGUAUUGAUGUCGUGUGUUGCAUUGACCUAUUUCAUUCAACAAAUGCAUCGCUGAACAAAAUAUACUUCAAACGGUUAUCUGUUUGGCUCACGUGGC